GUUGGAUGACAGGAUCCCACACAAUCACAAGAUCACAUUUAUGUUGGUUUUUCUUUUUGGUUCAAAAAUGUUGAUCCAGUAAGUCAGAAUAAAAAAUGAAUUAUUAUUAGGUCAGAUACUUUUCCACAUUGCAUCUUCAUUAUGGCACGUCAAUAACAUACUUUAACAAUUGACUACACUCUGGCACACUGUGAAUUUUCUUGAGAUAACUUAUAGGUCCAUUGUCUGUGUAAAUGUUGUGCCCGUUGUUGUUGUCUGCUUGCACUAUUUGUUAUAUAUCCGAUGUUGUGUGUUAUAUUUUUACUUGCACAUUUGGAGUGUGGGGAAACGCAAUUUCAAUCAUUUGUGUAACUACCUGUUGCAUUGUUUGGUUGACAAUAAAGUUCACUUAGACUUACACACCCACAGGGUUAUUGUUUCAUUACAAACAGACCAGCCUUUCCAUGGAAGACUCAGUUAAAGAAAUGCACCUGGUUAGGGUAGUGAAGCACACAGUACUGCCGGAUUUUCUGGUUGGGUCACCUACCUCAUAUGUAGCUAAACACAGUACUGGGAUAAACCACUGGUUGCUAACUGGAAUGGAAACUUUGGCCUUCACUAUAUGAUGAUAAAAACUCAGAUAAAAUCAGAUACUGAUCUCUGAUACUGUCGUUUCUGCUCCUAUUUCUAUUUAAAACUCAGUUAAAAGAAUGCACCUGGUUAUGGUAAUAAAGCAGACUGUACUACAAACGUGGUGUCUGAUUUUAUGGUUGGUUCACCCUGUAGAGAUGUACGAUAAAGCAUUCUUGACAGAUAAGGCGUGAAAUAAAAUAGAAAGGAGCUACUUAUUGUUACCUCAUCUGUAGGUAAGCACAGUACUUAGAUAAACCACUGGUAGUUAACUGGAGUGGAAACUUUGGCCUUCACUAUAUGAUGAUAAAAGCUCAGAUAAGAUCAGAUACUGAGCUCAGAUACUGUCGUUUAUGCUCCUAUACACAUGGCUCACAGACUGGAGAACAUACACAGACAGCAGAGAGUUCACUGUGCCGGCACUUCUUUGUAAGCACAUGUUUUCUUCUCUCCACAGACGAUUGUCCACCAUGUCCCACACGGUGCCUCCGGUCCUCUCUGUUGUCCCCUCUCGGGCUCUGGUGGAUGAGAAGUUCAGGGUGCUGGUGGAGAAUCUGCCUCCAGGAGCUCCAGUAACACUUCACUCCCUGCACCAGUCUGAGGACAAGGACUACUGGGAGGCCUACGGACACUACAUCAGUGAUGAGAGAGGAGCCGUGUCCGUUGCAGAUGAUCUCAGUUUCGGGGGAACGUACACAGGGAAAGAAGCCAUGGGUUUGCUGUGGAGUAUGCGUCCAGUCCCAGGCAGCCGUGACGCCCUCAGGUUGAGAAAGUCGGACGUCUGCACGCCCCUGCUGGUCAACAUCUCCGUCUACAGUGGACAUGUAACGGAGGGCUUCAGGGAGCAGACUCCUCUGGCCUCGUCGAUCACAGAGAGAUGGUACAUGGCUCCAGGGGUCCAGAGGAUUGUUUUGAAAGACAAAGGAGUAGGAGGGACCCUGUUUAUACCUCCAGGUCCAGGACCCUUCCCCGGCGUAUUGGAUAUGUGGGGAGGGGGUGGAGGGCUGGUGGAGUAUCGUGCAGCUCUGCUGGCGUCUCACGGUUAUGUUUCUUUGGCGCUGCAGUAUCUCGACCCCAAUGCUCUGAAGUCAGCAGACUUGGAGUACGAGUAUUUUGAGAGAGCAUUUAAUAUUGUCAAGGAACAUCCUCAAGUGAUCCCAGACAGAGUUGGAUGUUUGGGUCUUUCCCUCGGCGCAAAUAUAACCAUGUCGUUGGCAGCUGAGAGCAACGUUGUCAAGCCUCGUUGUGGUGUUUGUAUCGGUGGCGGCCAUCUUUUCGGACGUUUGACAAACCUCAAAGACUGGAUGAAUAGGAUUCCUGAAGGCUUGCCUGUGGAUGAAAACAACCAUGAGAGGUGGCGAAGUGUUUGUCUACCAAUUCCAGAGGAUCCUUCACUGAAACUGGAAGUGGGGAAAAUAAAGUGUCCAAUGUUGUUGGUGAACGGCCUUGAUGAUCAGAACUGGGCGGCAGUGGAGUGUGCGGACGACAUAGCCAAGAUGAUGCGUGCAGCAGGGAAGGAGCACCUGCUGACCAGACUUCAUUACCCGGAUGCUGGACACCUGAUUGAGCCACCCUACUCACCUCACUUCAGAGCUUCUAAGUUUAAAAAAGUGACCACAAAGAGGAUAGUGAUUCUGCUGUGGGGAGGACAGACCAAACCACACGCAGACGCUCAGGAAGACGCCUGGAACAAGAUCUUGUCUUUUCUGCAGCAGCAUCUGUACUCCAACACAACUCCCAAAGCCAGGAUGUGAGAGAUUACUGAAAGCACAGCAGAAGAUGAAAACAUGAAGUGCACCAUGGUAGCAACCUGUCAAUCAUAUGGGAGCCCCGCACUAAAGCAUACCCUGCUGUAUUGUCUAUUUUACUCUAAAUGGGACAAUAAUUUUAAAAAAUGAUCAUUUUGUAUUGAAGAAGACUUGAAACUAGCGAUUGAGACCAUAAAGAAGCUGCUGCCAAUUCAUGUUAGCAUUAACUGGGAUGUUAGUUUUGGCUAGCAAAAAAAAAAAAUGUUCGUUACUUACCUCAGAA